CCUCCGCCCGCUGCGGUCCCCAACGGCAUCGGCUCGUGCGAGCUCCGGCGGCUGAAGAGCCGACGCCGGCGGGUCCUGGGGGGCUGCGGAGAGCCCGGCGUCCGCCCCGCGGGAGAGGGCCUUUCCUUCCUGUAUGUCUGCUUUUGCCCAUCAGCCGGGCUUUUGUUCGCCCUUGUCUGGGGGCGAGCGGUGGCAGAGCCAGUCCCCGGCAGCACAGAGCACGGAGGAGGAAAAGGCGCUGCGGGAUGCGGCAUGAGCGGCGGCAGCUUCCUGAGCCUCGGCGCUUCUCUGCAGGAGCCCCCUGUGCCCGGCUCCGAGGGACGGGCGGCCCCUGAGCUCAGCGACGGCGCAGCAGCAGGGUCCAUCUUUCCCGUUUCCAGCCUGGAUAUUGAAGAGAGCCCAGGGCAUUCAGGAGCUGCUGCUUUCCUCCUCUGCCGAGUGGCCAGCCCGCUGGAGUGCUGCCUCCUGCACCAAGAGCCCUUCUCCGGGAUGAGACCCGUGUGGCAGCUGCCGGGGAAGCGGCCGUCUGGAUGAGCAGCUGCCGUCGUCCUGUGCCCCAGGAGAAGCGGCCGCAGUGACUGUCUGCUGGGAGAGCCCUGAAGAACCCUGGGCAGCCAAUGGCCUUUCCUUCCUGUAUGUCUGCUUUUGCCCAUCACCCGGGCUUUUGUCCGCCCUUGUCUGGGGGCGAGCGGUGGCAGAGCCUGUCCCCGGCAGCACAGAGCACGGAGGAGGGAAAGGCGCUGCGGGACGCGGCAUGAGCGGCGGCAGCUUCCUGAGCCUCGGCGCUUCUCUGCAGGAGCCCCCUGUGCCCGGCUCCGAGGGACGGGCGGCCCCUGAGCUCAGCGACGGCGCAGCAGCCUGGAUAUUGAAGACAGCCCAGGGCGUUCAGGAGCUGCUGCUUUCCUCCUCUGCCAUGCGGCCAGCCCGCUGGAGUGCUGCCUCCUGCACCAAGAGCCCUUCUCCGGGAUGAGACCCGUGUGGCAGCUGCCGGGGAAGCGGCCAUCUGGCUGAGCAGCUGCCGUCGUCCUGUGCCCCAGGAGAAGCGGCCGCAGUGACUGUCUGCUGGGAGAGCCCUGAAGAACCCUGGGCAGCCAAUGCCUGGAUAUUGAAGACAGCCCAGGGCGUUCAGGAGCUGCUGCUUUCCUCCUCUGCCGUGUGGCCAGCCCGCUGGAGUGCUGCCUCCUGCACCAAGAGCCCUUCUCCGGGAUGAGACCCGUGUGGCAGCUGCCGGGGAAGCGGCCGUCUGGCUGAGCAGCUGCCGUCGUCCUGUGCCCCAGGAGAAGCGGCCGCAGUGACUGUCUGCUGGGAGAGCCCUGAAGAACCCUGGGCAGCCAAUGAUCAAGGUCCCCGGUGGAUUUGGGCAAAAUGGAUCAAGCCACAUCAAGCCAAAGGACUUAAUGACUGUAAGAGCAACGGAAAAACAAUCUUGAGGAAAGAACCAAUUGAUCCACCCUCAAUCCAUCACCCUGUUAAAAUGUAAACCCUCUCAACUGUGCCACUGCAUAUGCUGCUGUAAAUUCCUCCAGCUACCUGUAUCAUAUUAAAAGAACUGAAGAACUUAACAAGACGGCCAAUGGAAACUUGAAAGCCAAACUGGUGUGUUUUCUACAGAUGAAGAGAUAUUUCCUGCUCACAGAUCAGCAUGCGAAAGAAGUGGAAGAAAAGUCCAAAACUACAUUCAGAAAACAAACCUCAGUGGAAGCACAGAGAACUCAUCCCUUCUCACCAGUGUGCGUCGCUCCUAGCAACACACAUCAGAUUACGUUCAUUUUGAGUUCAUGGAUUUCUGUGCUGCAUUGUUCAGUCAUGUAGCUGUUAUUGACCUUUCGUUGUAAACUCAUGGCCAUGGGUAAAAAUAGUUCUGUUUUCUUCAUGUACCUUUAAUUUUGAAAUGUGUUGCUGAAGGCUGGCUGGUCCAAAAAGAAAAAGGGGGGAAUUGAAAGCACAAAUGUGGCUUGGACCAGCCAGCCUGAAUAAAGAUGGUAGGGACAAGUUAAUGCAGCUGGCAAGCUACUUCCACUUAUCAGAAACAGAUGCUGCAAGGUACUCAGUUGGGCCCUGGGUGAUCACAGGGGCAGAAGCAGCAUAGAAGGAAGUAGCUAGCAAAGGAAGGGUGGCUUUGAGUCAACCCUGUUGGUUGUACCACUUUGCCCGUGUACGGCUCUGCACGUGCAUUACCUAGAUUCUCUACAUCUUUGAAUGAAUAUAGCUUGCACUGCUCCAACAGUGGCAGAUUGCGCUGUUGGUAUUGAUCCUCAGGAGGGAGGGGAACCAGUAGAGAUUAAAGCUUCAGGCUAUUCUGCUCUCUCCCCUCCUCCAAGGUCCAACAUCCACUGCCUUAUUUGGUUUUUUGCUCAGGGCUCAGAGUCCCCUCUUUGCGUGUGGUUUCAUUGGUCUUUUGUACUAUUUCUCCUACUCAUUGAGUUACAGAUUGUCUCAUGAGGUACCAAACCAAAUCUUUAUUAAAACUACAAACAGUCUGUAACAAACUACAGGGAUGAAAGAGCAGAGAACCAGGGGCUCCUCAACAGUCAGGAAAAAGCAUCAACAAGGGAGUGAAACCUGGAAGAGAAACAAACAUGCAGAGAAAGCCCCAGCAGUGGCGAGGUGAGGUCUGGGCCAGCUGAGCACAGCCGGUCUCCUGUGGGGCUGUGGGUCAGGUCACUCACCUGAUUGCUGUGCUUGGAUUUCUACUCCUAAGUGCUGCUCCUCAGGGAAGCUGCUGCCACGGCCGUACUCCUGCUCAUGGCGAAUGACCUCGUAGUGAGUGAGGUGAGAGGCACCACGCAGAAAGGCAGCAAAGCUGGGAGAAGCCCCAAAGCAGCGUCAUGCCAGGCCCCGGCACACGGGGAGGAGCGUUUCAGAGCUGGGACCAAGCGGUAUCUGCCCUUUCCCCCUGGUAAACCCGGCUUCCACACACCCCCCACCUUCUGUGCCCCCCUCUCCCCAUCUGCAAGGCCAGAAGGGACAGCACAGCAACCUCAGCCUUUCAGAAGCAGAAGUGCCAGCGACCAUGUGCACAGGGCCACGAAACGUUACCUCUCUGGAGAGCGGAGGCGUCUCAUUAUAGUCUGCACAUUGACCUCCGGGCUUUUGCAGUACUUUCGAAGCUCUUUGACUGCCCUGCGUGUCUCCAACUCGCCCUGCUUUCGAUAUUCCUCCUGGGUCAGCAGGUGACGGGGGCUCGGCUCAGCCCAAACGCUCCUCCCUCUCCUGCCAGCAGAAGGGCCCCAGUCAGUGCCCACCCAGCCGGGGCAGCGGGUCAGAGCUGGCGGCUAGAGGAGCUGAGAACGUCCCUCCGGCCUCUGCUCGUCGCUCCUGAGGGAGACUGCCAGCCCUGAACAGGAGCAGGGCACUCUCCUGCACUGUCCGAGGGACACAGCGACACAACCUCUUCCCAGACCCCACCAAAGGUGCCCCAGGUGUGUGACACAGACUCCAUCCAACAGCUCAUCCAGGCCUGAUAAUGGCUGGCAAGCAGGAGUGAGCCUGCGUGCUGACAGUCCUCACCUUUGGGCAGCAGAAGCCCAGUACAUGAUGUAAUUGAUGAUCUUGAUGCACAUUGGAAUCAGCACCACAGCCAAGGCAAGAGGAUGGAUCUGGUUGGCUGCAUAUAGCAGCGGCAGCCCCAGGAGCUGCAGGCCCCAGAUGAGAUGGAUGCUGCGCUCAUUCUCCAGUGGGCCGCACAUGUAGCCCAUGUGGAAGGUCACCAAGCUCACAUACAGCAGGUAGCCUGUGGUAGAGCAGAAGCAUGGGGCAGGCAGCACCCAGCGGGCUCAGCUGGGCUGACAGGAGCUGCCGAGCUGCACUCUCAGGGCUGCAGGGAAUCCUGACGCCUGAUGCCACGUCCCUAUGGCCCUGCUCCCCCUUCCCAGAGCUCCCCCAGCUCAGCAGAAUCUGGGUGGGUAAAGAGAAAAGCUCUUCUUCUCUUUUCAUUGCAGUGCGUUUGUGUGGGCAGCUUUUUGUAGCAGGGGUACGGUGGUGGCUGCUGGAAGUGUCCCCUGUGCAGUUGAGGAGGUGUUUCCAUUUAAACAUAAGCAAAUCCUAUUUCCCUGUUGUGCUGAGGGAGCCCCGGCCCAGGCUGCCCAGGGAGGUUGUGGAGGCUCCUGCUCGGGUCACCUUCAAAACUCACUUGGACAUGUUCCUGUGGCCUCUGAUCGACAUGAACCUGCUUUGGCAAGGAGGGCCUGAAUUGAUCAUCUCUCAAGGUCCCCUCCAACCCUCACCGUUGUGUGAUGCUGUGAACAGCUUUGCUGCGCACCCUCAGCCAGCCAGAGCUAAAGCAGGACCCAGACCCAGCACAGCCCCGUCCCCCGCUCCCCUGCUCAGCUCCAAUCCAGCUCCUCGCUGUCGUCCCACUCACUUUCGCUCCACUGCGGCAUCUGUGACAGCAGCAAGAUCAGAGUCCCGAGGAUCAGCACGCAAACCUCGAUCAGUUCCAUGUUUCCCGCUGCAGCAGCGCCGGGCAGCUCCGCGUCUGCCACUCGCUGAGCAAGUGCCACUGGUGCAGGCGGCAGCACUGAGUGUGGCGCCGGGCUCUGUGAUGUCACAGCUGCCGAUUCUCUGGUGGGGCCCACGCUGGGGGGUGAAGAGCAACCCCCUGAGGGGCCCCAGACGCAAGGGCGGGGGCCUGCAGCUGGGGAGGAACAAGCCCAGCAUCAGCCCAGGCUGGGGGUGACCUGCUGGAGAGCAGCUGUGGGACAGGGACCCGGCAAGUGCUGGUGGGCGGCAAAUAAAGAUGAGCCAGGAGCGUGGUUGAGCCCAAAGUGUCAUGGUCAACAGAGUCCAAUCCAAUUGGUGUCACAAGUGCUGUCCCCCGGGGCUCAGGACGGGGGGCACUCCUCUUGAACACCUUUGUUAGUGAUCUGGAUGAGGGGAUCAGUGGCCUCACCGACUUGUCGUGUGGGACUCCACACAGCAGCUUCCCACUUACGGUGAUUUCCUACCCCGCGGCAGGAUCCAUCAGUAAAACAACUGUAAUGAGCAUCCACCCCGGGCUCAGGGCUCUGGGUAUUGCUGCAGCUUCACUUGGGCUUGCUUCAGCUUCAGCUUGCUUCAAACAUCCAGGAUACAGGUGUCAGCUAAAUUGGGUAAAAAUAUUUAUGUUUUCUUCAUGUACCUUUAAUUGUGAAAUUUGUUACUGAAAGCUGGCUGGUCCAAAAAGAAAAACGGGGGAAUUGUAGGCACAAAUAAGUGAACCUGCUUCUGCAGGGUGGUUGGACUAGAUGAUCUCUAAAGGUCCCUUCCAACCCCUACCAUUCUAUGAUUCUAUGACAAAUGUGACUUGGACCAGUCAGCUUGAAUAAAGAUGGUAGGGAUAGGGAGAAGUUAAUGCAGCUGGCAAGCUACUUCCAAUUAUCCGAAACAGAUGCUGCAAGAUAAUCAAUUGGGCCCUGGGUGAUCACAUCGGCAGAAGUGACAUAUAAGGAAGUAGCUAGCAAAGGAAGAGUGGCUUUGAGUCAACCCUGUUGGUUGUAAUGUGUUGCCUCUGUGUGUUUCUGCACGUGCAUUACCUAGAUUCUCUACAUCUUUGAAUGAAUAUAGCUUGCACUGCUACAACAGUGGCAGAUUGCGCUGUUGGUAUUGAUCCUCAGCAUGGAGGGGAACCAGUAGAGAUUAAAGCUUCAGGCUAUUCUGCUCUCUCCCCUCCUCCAAGGUCCAACAUCCACUGCCUUAUUUGGUUUUUUGCUCAGGGCUCAGAGUCCCCUCUUUGCUUGUGGUUUCAUUGGUCUUUUGUACUAUUUGUCCUACUCAUUGAGUUACAGAUUGUCUCAUGAGGUACCAAACCAAAUCUUUAUUAAAACUACAAACAGUCUGUAACAAACUACAGGGAUGAAAGAGCAGAGAACCAGGGGCUCCUCAACAGUCAGGAAAAAGCAUCAACAAGGGAGUGAAACCUGGAAGAGAAACAAACAUGCAGAGAAAGCCCCAGCAGUGGCGAGGUGAGGUCUGGGCCAGCUGAGCACAGCCGGUCUCCUGCGGGGCUGUGGGUCAGGUCACUCACCUGAUUGCUGUGCUUGGAUUUCUCCUCCUAAGUGCUGCUCCUCAGGGAAGCUGCUGCCACGGCCGUACUCCUGCUCAUGGCGAAUGACCUCGUAGUGAGUGAGGUGAGAGGCACCACGCAGAAAGGCAGCAAAGCUGGGAGAAGCCCCAAAGCAGCGUCAUGCCAGGCCCCGGCACACGGGGAGGAGUGUUUCAGGGCUGGGACCAAGCGGUAUCUGCCCUUCCCCCCUGGCAUGCCCGGCUUCCACACACCCCCCACCUUCUGUGCCCCCCUCUCUCCAUCUGCAAAGCCAGAAGGGACAGCACAGCAACCUCAGCCUUUCAGAAGCAGAAGUGCCAGCGACCAUGUGCACAGGGCCACGAAACGUUACCUCUCUGGAGAGCGGAGGCGUCUCAUUAUAGUCUGGACAUUGACCUCCGGGCUUUUGCAGUACUUUCGAAGCUCUUUGACUGCCCUGCGUGUCUCCAACUCGCCCUGCUUUCGAUAUUCCUCCUGGGUCAGCAGGUGACGGGGGCUCGGCUCAGCCCAAACGCUCCUCCCUCUCCUGCCAGCAGAAGGGCCCCAGUCAGUGCCCGCCCAGCGGGGUCAGCGGGUCAGAGCUGGCAGCUAGAGGAGCUGAGAACGUCCCUUCGGCCUCUGCUCGUCGCUCCUGAGGGAGACUGCCAGCCCUGAGCAGGAGCAGGGCACUCUCCUGCACCAUCCCAGGGACACAGGGACACAACCUCUCCCCAGACCCCACCAAAUGUGCCCCAGGUGUGUGACACAGACUCCAUCCAACAGCUCAUCCAGGCCUGAUAAUGGCUGGCAAGCAGGAGUGAGCCCGGGUGCUGACAGUCCUCACCUUUGGGCAGCAGAAGCCCAGUACAUGAUGUAAUUGAUGAUCUUGAUGCAGAUUGGAAUCAGCAUCACAGCCAAGGCAAGAGGAUGGAUCUGGUUGGCUGCAUAUAGCAGCGGCAGCCCCAGGAGCUGCAGGCCCCAGAUGAGAUGGAUGCUGCGCUCAUUCUCCAGUGGGCCGCACAUGUAGCCCAUGUGGAAGGUCACCAAGCUCACAUACAGCAGGUAGCCUGUGGGAGAGCAGAAGCAUGGGGCAGGCAGCACCCAGCGGGCUCAGCUGGGCUGACAGGAGCUGCCGAGCUGCACUCUCAGGGCUGCAGGGAAACCUGACGUCUGAUGCCACGUCCCUAUGGGCCUGCUCCCCCUUCCCAGAGCUCCCCCAGCUCAGCAGAAUCUGGGUGGGUAAAGAGAAAAGCUCUUCUUCUCUUUUCAUUGCAGUGGGUUUGUGUGGGCAGCUUUUUGUAGCAGGGGUACGGUGGUGGCUGCUGGAAGUGUCCCCAGUGCAGUUGAGGAGGUGUUUCCAUUUAAACGUAAGCAAAUCCUAUUUCCCUGUUGUGUUGAGGGAGCCCCGGCCCAGGCUGCCCAGGGAGGUUGUGGAGGCUCCUUCUCGGGUCACCUUCAAAACUCACUUGGACAUGUUCCUGUGGCCUCUGAUCGACAUGAACCUGCUUUGGCAAGGGGGGCCGGAAUAGAUCAUCUCUCAAGGUCCCUUCCAACCCUCAUCGUUGUGUGAUGCUGUGAACAGCUUUGCUGCGCACCCUCAGCCAGUCAGAGCUAAAGCAGGACCCAGACCCAGCACAGCCCCGUCCCCCGCUCCCCUGCUCAGCUCCAAUCCAGCUCCUCGCUGUCGUCCCACUCACUUUCGCUCCACUGCGGCAUCUGUGACAGCAGCAAGAUCAGAGUCCCGAGGAUCAGCACACAAACCUCAAUCAGUUCCAUGUUUCCCGCUGCAGCAGCGCCGGGCAGCUCCGCGUCUGCCACUCGCUGAGCAAGUGCCACUGGUGCAGGCGGCAGCACUGAGUGUGGCGCCGGGCUCUGUGAUGUCACAGCUGCCGAUUCUCUGGUGGGGCCCACGCUGGGGGGUGAAGAGCAACCCCCUGAGGGGCCCCAGGCGCAAGGGCAGGGGCCUGCAGCUGGGGAGGAACAAGCCCAGCACCGGCCCAGGCUGGGGGUGACCUGCUGGAGAGCAGCUGUGGGACAAGGACCCGGCAAGUGCUGGUGGGCGGCAAAUAAAGAUGAGCCAGGAGCGUGGUUGAGCCCAAAGUGUCAUGGUCAACAGAGUCCAAUCCAGUUGGUGUCACAAGUGCUGUCCCGCGGGGCUCAGGACAGGGGGCACUCCUCUUGAACACCUUUGUUAGUGAUCUGGAUGAGGGGAUCAGUGGCCUCACCGACUUGUCGUGUGGGACUCCACACAGCAGCUUCCCACUUACGGUGAUUUCCUACCCCGCGGCAGGAUCCAUCAGUAAAACAACCGUAAUGAGCAUCCACCCCGGGCUCAGGGCUCUGGGUGUUGCUGCAGCUUCACUUGGGCUUGCUUCAGCUUCAGCUUGCUUCAAACAUCCAGGAUACAGGUGUCAGCUAAAUUGGGUAAAAAUAUUUAUGUUUUCUUCAUGUACCUUUAAUUGUGAAAUUUGUUACUGAAAGCUGGCUGGUCCAAAAAGAAAAACGGGGGAAUUGUAGGCACAAAUAAGUGAACCUGCUUCUGCAGGGUGGUUGGACUAGAUGAUCUCUAAAGGUCCCUUCCAACCCCUACCAUUCUAUGAUUCUAUGACAAAUGUGACUUGGACCAGUCAGCUUGAAUAAAGAUGGUAGGGAUAGGGAGAAGUUAAUGCAGCUGGCAAGCUACUUCCAAUUAUCCGAAACAGAUGCUGCAAGAUAAUCAAUUGGGCCCUGGGUGAUCACAUCGGCAGAAGUGACAUAUAAGGAAGUAGCUAGCAAAGGAAGAGUGGCUUUGAGUCAACUCUGUUGGUUGAAAUGUGUUGCCUCUGUAUGUUUCUGCAUGUGCAUUACCUAGAUUCUCUACAUCUUUGAAUGAAUAUAGCUUGCACUGCUACAACACAGCAGGAUCUCCAAACCAGUGCUAUGGGGUCUUGGUUGGCUGGAGCCAGGCAAGGGCAGUUCCAGGAGUGACCUGAGAGCUCUGGAGGGGCAGGAGAUGGCAAUAACCAUUCCCCAUCUCCCUGUGCUGCUGACGGUGGAGGAAGGAGAGUCCUGGAAAGAUGGAGGGGUUGGGGUCAAUUAAAGAAGUUAUAAAAGCAUCAUAGCAGAGAAGCAUUUUCUAGCAUUUAGCUAGAAAAUUGCAAGAAUAUAUUUGUAACUCUUAGGUAUUUGAAAUAUUUGUUUUACAGAAAUGCUGACCUUGUAGAAAUACCAGCUUUAUGAACUUGUCCGGUAGGGGACGGGACUCCCUGGGUGCCCCCAGGAUUUCCCAGAGGGACUCCUCGCCCUGCUCCCUUCUGUGGAGAAAAAAUGAGGGAGCAUGGACAUGGAUAUAAUGCUAGGCCCAUUGGGGCAAGGCAGUCUGUGCUCUAGUAAUAUGGAUUUGGUGCACAAUCAAGACCAGAGUCAGAGCCAUGGUUAAAGCAGUUACUGUCACGUAGACAGCAGGCUGCUUUCUGCUCGCUCAAGGUCGGACUGUUUUCGACUAAAAGUGGAAAACAACUUUGGGGAAAAACAAGAUGUGAAAAUGUGAGGGAGCUUGCUUAUGGCAGAAACCGCAAGUAGGAUGAACAAGAAAAUGUAAUCUAUUAGCUGCUGUUGCUGAGCUAGCUUUGAAGCUGCUGUCUAUAUAAGUUAGAUCCUGCUCUCAAUGGAGGAGAUUUCUGCUAUCACUCACAUUGAGUAGGACUGAUUUCUUCCCACCCAGCUGAGAAUCGGACCCUGGGUUGAUCGCCGCAUGAAGUAGGCUUAGAGCUGGUUUUUCAGGCUUCAAGCCUGGUUUCAGGCUUCAAGCCUGGUUUUCAGACUUCGAGUCUGUUUUUUUAGGCCAAGAGCCGAAAACUUCGCAGCAAAUGACACCCACCUUCCAUCCGCAGCCGCCGCCGGUCAGUGUCUCCGGAGCCCCCCCACACACACCGCGCCGACACCGCCGGCCCCGGCCCUCACGGACCGCUGCGCUCGUCCUUUCCAUCCUCAGUCCCUUGCCUCAACGAGUGUAAAAACUGUUGGUCGUGAUGUUGUGCAUUUUGCUGUGAAUGUGAUGAUGAAUACUGGUUUUCUUACAGUGGAAACUUUCUGAGGUGUUUUAGGUGUCAGGAACAGAACAUUUUGACAUUGAGAAGCUAAAAGGUGGUUUGUGUUUUAGACUCAUUGGUGAAGGAUUUUUUUUUAUCAGGAGUAAAAAAAAAAAUGGAUUUUGUCAUACUGUUGAUGCUUCAAAUGAUUGUGGUAAAUGGUUUUAGGCAAUUUCAACAAACCAAGCAAAACAUGUGGGUUACACUGGCCAAAGCAAUCAAUCAGUCUACAAUAUGUUUAUCAAUGGCCACUCCAGAGAAUCCUUUUUCUACCUGUUCCAUCAGAUGUGGCACAAUGGCCUGUAUCAAAUGCAUUAAAAACA